UAAUUCUAUUGCUUUCUUGUGUCAAAUACAGUUACUUGGGAUGUAUGCAAAGCUGGAAAUUACAUGUGCAAAUUUGCUGAAUUUCUAAAAUGAGAGAGAUAAGAAAAAAGUGACCAACAGCUUCCAGUACAGUACAUUUACAUUGAAGAAACUUACCGGUACGUGGCGAUAUACCGAUAUAUGAGACGAUGCGAUAUGAAACGAAACAAGAAAAAAGAACAACAUCCGUAAAUCACAUAAGGUUACAGUUAAAUGUAUUAGUAAUCACAACAACACGCGAUGAUACAUGCAGUGCAAGCGGAGUACGACGUUGCCAGUUGUGUGAGGGAUUUAGUUUUUCUGUUUUUCUUCGGAAAAUUGUAUUUAGUAAGCAAGAAAAUUAUUUUGUUGGAGAGACAGUUAAUUAAUAAAUAGGUGUAUUGAUAAAUGUUACGCUAU